AUGGAUGAAAAUGGAUGUACCUUUUCAGCCUGCCCAUGCUUCUCAAACUGCUGUUAUCUAACUUGCCACAGAAGAAAGAAGGAAUGCUGCCUGUGUUGGCGCUUCCUAUUUACCAGUGAGCAGAACUGCAGCUGUUUCCCAUGCCCGUACGAAGAAGACAAACCUUACCAGUGCUGCCACUGCUCAUGUUCAGAGCACGCAAAUUGCUGGUGGUGCUGCUGCUCUUGCUCAAAUGACCCAGACUGCAAAUGCUGCUGCUGUGGUGGAGAGAAUUCAGCAUGCCAAUACUAUGCAAGCAAAUGCUGCGGAAAAUCUGUCUAUGACCAACAGCAGUCAAGAGCACCAGGGACUGUUCAGUUAACAGAUGUCAUGUCAAGAUUAAGAACUAGAAAUAAAGCACGUGUGAGUGUACCAGAAAGGAAAGGCUCCAACCAGGCUUUUCGUGAUCAGCUUGCCUGUCCACUGUGCAAACAGUUAUUUCUCCAGCCGCUUAUGCUGCCAUGCAAUCACUGCAUUUGUGAGAAAUGCAUAAUAAAAACCAAGACCAAAGCUGAAGCAACAGAUAACUAUUAUAUCAUCAUAUGCCCAGUAUGUAACAAAGCUCACUGUCUCCCUAACACAAACAAAAUUCAGCUGAGGAAGAAUUACCUUAAAGCAAAACUGGCCAAGAAAUACAUGCGCAGACACGGCAUUCUGAAAUGGAGAUUUGACCACAGUGAAAGACCAGUCUAUUGCGAAACUUGCAGGGAGAGAAGAAGAGUGGCAACUAAAAGAUGUAGAACAUGUGGAAUUAACAUGUGCAGUGAAUGUCUGCAUUUAUAUCAUACUGAGAGUGGUGCUCAAGACCACAUAUUCACCAGCACGUGUCACGAAGAUAACGAACAGUGGGCAUGCUUACUGCACUGCAACUCACACCUCUCAGAAUACUGUCUGGAUGACCACAAACUGAUCUGUGGUUUUUGCAAGAAUUCGCUGCACAGUGAUCAUGAGACCAUUCCCUUGGCAGCUGCAUGUUCAAGAGAGGCUGCUUCUCUCUCCAAUACAAUUGUAAAAUUUAAACAAGCACGCCAAGGAAUUGAUAAUGAUCUAAUGGAAGUUACCCUGCUAAAAAAUAAUUUCCAAGCCUCCAAGGAUCUCCAAAGGAAGGAGAUCAGAAAUGGAUUCUUAAAACUACAUACGGUGCUACAUGAACAAGAAAAAGAGAUGAUGGAGUUGCUUGAAAACACCGAACUUAAAAAACAGAAAGACAUUUCAGAAUACGUAAACUAUACAUUCAGCCAGCUCUCAUAUAUGGAUGGCCUUAUCCAGUAUGCUGAAGAGGCUCUUAAGGAGGAAAGUCAAGUUGUAUUUCUGCAAUCUGCACACUGUUUGGUGAAAGAAAUAGAAGAUGCAAUUCCUUCCAUUUUCCAGCCUAGCCCACAUAUCCGAGAAGAUCCCUUAAGGAAACUGCAAUUCAAAUUUGAUGAACUGUUUGCCAUUUUACAGGGAUUUUCACCAACCCUUAGUGAAACAAAACAGUUAGAAAGUAAAGCAGACAAGCAUCCCUAUUCUUUUAACCCAGAAAUAAUGGUUCCAAGGCAUGUUUCAAGCAUUCAUGAAGCCAAGCAAUCAACAAUGCUCCAAAGCGCAUCCUUAAAUUCCUUGCUUGAAUUAGGCAUGCCAAUUGAAAGCACUCUUGGGAGACCAAACUCUACACCUCCCCAUCAUUCUACACAGAGUAAUAAAAUGUGUGCAUUUUGGGAUGCAGCUUGUGAAACUUCAAGAAAACAAAGGAAAUAUCAGAUUGUUAACUUUCCAAGUUCAGAACCUAUGGAAAAAGAAUCAUUCCCAGCGCCAGGACCUGUUGUUAUAUACCAGACUGUUGUUUACCCAAGGUCUGCCAAAAUUUACUGGACUUGUCCUAUAGAAGAUGUGGAUUUCUUUGAGGUAGAAUUUUAUGAAGUUGUUGGUAUUGGUCCUGAUAACACUGUCUGCACACAACUGGACGGCAAGCUAAGCAAAAUACAGCAGCAGAACCUUGAGAUACGUAAUCUGGAUUCAAAUACAGAAUAUCUUUUCAAAGUCCGUGCUGUCAAUAAAAGUGGUCAAGGAGAAUGGAGUGAGAGUUGUAAGAUAAUUACUUCAGGUGAACACAAGAUAAUCCAAGACAGAUGGAGGACUGAGAAUAGUAUGCAGGGUACUCAGCAAACACUGAAGAGAUAG